AAGGGAAGGGCGUAAGAGGUCCUGGUUGACACCAAAGCAUCACUGGAGCUCCCACGCAGGCUUGGGGGUUCAGAAACAAUCCAGGUGGUCUAAAAAAAGCAGCAAGGACUAAGCUCUGGUCUGUGUUGAAAACCCUUCCUCAGAGCAGCUGUAGAGGCUCACACAGCUACAAUUUACCCUCACAAAAAGAAGCAGCGUUUGGCCAGUCUAGUUGGUACCAGUUCUUCAAGGAGAGAAAUGCAGCCUUAGCAAAGGGACCUUUCUGCUGGUGGAAACAAUUUCACAAGGACCAUCCCUACAGCCCCAAACAUCCGCCCCUGAGCGAAGCUGCACCCACACUGCGACAGGCACCGGCCACGGCGCUGCCAUGGAGCCGAGCGCCCGAGAGCCCCUCGUCAGGAAGACGAGCUCCUCAUAUCAGACCUUCCCCAAGAGCACUGGCAAGAGGCUCGAUAAGGAGUACCUGCAGAGCCUCCACAACCAGCGGCUCUAUCUGGCUGCGUUUGCUGCUGUCCUGGGGAAUUUCAGUUUUGGCUUUGCCCUGGUUUACCCCUCACCCGUCAUCCCUGCCCUGGAGGCUCACCCCAACGCAGCGCUGAGGCUGGACCAGCACACAGCAUCCUGGUUUGGGUCGGUGUUCACGUUGGGAGCAGCAGCGGGAGGGCUCAGCACCAUGCUCCUCAAUGACCGCCUGGGACGCAAACUGAGCAUCAUGUUCUCGGCACUGCCUUCCGCCGUGGGAUAUGCGGUGAUGGCCGGUGCCCAGGGGAUCGGGAUGCUGCUGCUGGGCCGUGUGCUGACGGGCUUUGCCGGUGGCAUCACGUCCGCCUCCAUCCCGGUCUACAUCUCGGAGAUCUCCCACCCUGGGGUCAGAGGCAUGCUGGGCGCCUGUCCUCAGAUCAUGGCGGUGCUGGGCUCCCUCAGCCUGUAUGCGCUGGGACUGCUCCUGGACUGGCGCUGGCUGGCUGUCACAGGGGAGGUGCCCGUGCUCGUGAUGAUCAUCCUGCUCUGCUUCAUGCCCAACUCGCCUCGGUUCCUGCUCUCUCAGGGGAAGGAUGAUGAGGCCCUGGGGUCGCUGUGCUGGCUGCGGGGCAAGGACACUGACUACGCUCGGGAGUAUGAGCAGAUAAAGGACAGCAUGAGGAAGCAGAGCCAGCGGGUUACCUGUGCUGAGAUCAAGGACCCUUUCAUUUACAAGCCCAUCCUGAUCACGGUGGGAAUGAGGUUCCUGCAGCAGCUCUCUGGUGUCACCUGUGUCCUCGUGUACCUGCAGUCAAUAUUCAAGAAAACAUCUGUCAUCUUGAAACCAGAGUACGACGCAGCUCUCGUUGGCUUGGUACGUCUGUUCUCGGUGGCGAUUGCUGCUGUGUCAAUGGAUAAAGCUGGGAGGAAGAUUCUUCUUUUUGUAUCAGCUGGUGUCAUGUUGGUCUCCAACCUGACCAUGGGGCUCUACAUCCACUUCGUGCCAGCUUCUCAGAACAGCACCGUUGCCAACAGGACGUUGGUGAGCUCUACCAACCUUCCUGCGGAGCCAACGAACUACAUCACCCUCAUCCCCCUCCUGGCAACCAUGUUCUUUAUAAUGGGUUAUGCCAUGGGCUGGGGCCCUAUCACUUGGUUGCUGAUGUCGGAGAUCCUCCCUCUGAAAGCCCGUGGGGUGGCCUCGGGCCUCUGUGUUGUCAUAAGCUGGCUGACAGCCUUCACCCUGACCCAGUUCUUCCUCCGGGUCGUGGAAGCCUUCGGCCUUGAGGUGCCCUUCCUAUUCUUUGCCAUCAUCUGUGCUGGGAACAUCUUAUUCACAGGCUGCUGUGUCCCAGAAACAAAAGGCAGGUCCCUGGAACAGAUUGAGGCCUUCUUCAGAACUGGCCGGAGGUCGUUCAUGAGGUCGUUUGUGAGGUAGAAGCUGUCAGCCAGCUGCACAGGGCCACCAGUCCACAAGCUCAAGGGCCAGAACGAAAGCGGUUGUGCUGCUGGAGGUGGAGGUGGAGCUCUCUGCGAAGGCAGAAGAGGAACAGGCAGCAGUGAUCAUCUUGCUUUGGAUGUAGAGUUGCCAGCUGGAACUUCACCUUCUCCUCCUGUCACUCAACACUACCUGUUGCUCUCUACUCAAUGUGCCAACCCGACAUAUGGGGCCGGGUAAUCAGAGCCAGGCUGGAGAUAGAGAUGUCCUGGAAAAGAGAAUAUGUGACUGUGGACAAGAGACCACACACGUCCUUCUCUCACCAGCCACGAAACCAACCCGAGAGCCCUGGGGUUUGGGUGGGACAGAGUUAAAAGCUGUAGCCAUCCCGGCAAAAAGUCAUCACGUACUGGCAAGAAUAAAACAGUUUUGCCUCUGACUGCAAGACGUUGCCUUGAUUUGCAGAGAAGGGAGCUGCAGGCAGGUGGGAUGGGAGAGGGAGACCAGGACUGUGACAAGGGGACCACAGCAGCCUGCGGCUUCCCAGAGGAGUCUCGUGUGCUUAAGGACUUUGAAAGAGGCAGAGCCAGAUAUUUUGUACAAAAAGCUGCCACAUUUUAUUGCUCUAGGAACACACGUUACACUAGAAGCCUAAUGAACAAGACCAAAUACAGUUCACAAAGAUAACCCAGGACACAACAAAGAAACAGGAACAGACAUUCAGCUGUAGUGCAAGUGAUUCACCUCAGGAAAGACACAGGAGGUACUGACAAUACUUCAUACCGGGGCAGGUCCCUCCCACCCCAGGGUUUUACUCAUCCACAAAGAGGAAGAUGGAUGAACAUUCAUCACAGUUCUGUGUGGAGCCUCCACCUCCAUCACUUUGAGAUUUCAACUGCAUAGAUAGUAACAAAUUGCUCUUACCCCUUUCCUGUGUGUCCCGCAAGAUUAAGGACUUCUUCAGCUGUUUUUUAGAGCCUGACCCUAGGUAAGACACCACUGCAGGAUGUGGUUAUGGCUGUGAAGAACAAAUGGCCUUACUGAAUAUCAUAUCCAACCUAGCUUCUCCCAAAAAGGUAGAAAAACAGAGGCUAAGCUGGGAGAUGAUUCAGCCCAAGCAUUUGUCCAACAUCCUGAAAUGCACUUGGCACCCAAGGGCUGGUGAAGAUGCUUGUCUCCUCCAGUUCCUGGAACAUUCAGCCUGCUGUGACAAGGAAGCAUGGGGUAACAGCAUUUGACCAAGAUCUAAACUUCUAUUUAGAUUCCCUGUAGCAGGAGGUGAGAGAAAUCACCUAAGCAAUGUGCUUUAUCAGAGGAUUAAUUGAAAGCAGCCUGGGACCAAGGAAGAAAGAUGGGCCAAAAUCAAAACCACAGAGAAAAUUCAGUAUUAGACCUAACCUUUGCAGCUGAGACCCAUUUCCAGAAAGAUGUUCAGCCCUGUCUGGACUAUGACUGUUUUUAAGCGUGGCUUGAUUACAAGAGGUCUCAAGAGCCUCUGGUUUCUACUGAAGAUUAGAAUCUCUGGCAGCCUUGUGGUAGAGUGUUCUCUUUCUCACACGGCUAUGGACCAGUUUCUGAUAUCUUCACUUCAGUGAAACCCUUCCCUGAAGACAGUGGAUAUAUUUUCCUGAGGAAAAAAAAUGACAAAGAUGAAUUGAGCUUCCCUGGUCUCAGCCUAAGGGGAAAAUGCCUGAAUAUGAAAUGAGAUUGGACUUUUCAGGUCCUGUGACAACCUCAUUGGAGAAGUAUUUUCUGAGUGACCUCCUGUCUUCCAUGUAGAAAGUCUGAGGGAUUUUGCUACAACACUUAGAGUCUGAGAAAUCACAGUGGCUCUUUCUAGAGGUAGAAUGGUCUUUUUAUUCACUGCACACACAGAGAAUCAAUCGGUGUUACAAAAUCAGCCCCUGCCCAGAGCAGCAAGGUCUGGGUACCCAGCAGAAAGUGAGCUUCUGCUCUUUGCUUCAUGCCCAAUGGACAGCCCUCAGGGGACAGCGGAGCUAAUACGCACAAGUGCGAUCAGCUUCAUGACUGAAUGGGACAGGGAAGAGUCGCACAUAGUAUGAAUGAAAGAAGUGGUGAAUGGUGUAAAGGUCUGAUGUUAAGGGCACAUAUCCUGCCAGUCCCCAGCUGUCUUUCCAUACUUGUCAACAACACUGUAGUCAAUGCAUCACCCGCUCUGGAGUUCUCACAUAACCAAACUUCUGUCCCAUCACUUCCCAAGAGGCCCUCCCAAGACAUGUCAAGCAGAACCUGUUCCAUAGACACCGCAUGGAUUGGCCACCCCGUGUGUCAUGAGCAGGCGUUGGGUUGAGCCUGUAAAAUCUCUAGAGCAGGGCUUCUACUUUAAUUUAUCCUCACACAGCUCCAAGCACCCUGAUGACACCUCUAAACACAAUUAACAACCAUCAUGCACUGUGAACGGGCAUAUGAACUACCGUGAUGCUACUACUCUAAAGGUCCUUUCUAGCUCCACAAAACCAGUCUCUUGCCCACACAGAGGUGAGACCAUCCACUAAGUGUCACUCCAUCUCCCGAAAGCCAGGGUUGCUGCAGGCCCUGCGCGUAUGCUUUGCCAGGCCACGUCUGCAAUGAUGGCAGCAUCUGGCUUGGUUUCAGCUGCAUCUCACGCAGCCAAAACUCCCAAGAGCUCCCACUCCAGAUGCGCAUCUGUAGGAGUCAGCACUCUUGGAGCAUGGAUCUGAGACCCUUCCGAUUGCAGCAGGCACACAGACACUGAACAGACCCACUGUCUUUAAGCGAUGUGGCCAAAAGCUCCAGCUCAGCUGCUCUAGAUGAGUCCAUUUUCAACAAAAUAAGAGAGCUCAGAGCUGAGCUUUGCAUCCCGCUAACGGUGGUGGAGCCGAUGCAGAUUGUUCUCUUGCUUUGGCCCUAGGGCCAGACCCAAAUGCCACAAAACACAGCAUGAGGGUGCUGCUGGCAUCCAAGGGACUUCUGCCGUUGGUGCCAAGGGAGCAGUGUGGAUCUGUCCAUGCCAACAAGCCCUCUGGGUGACCUGCGUCAGCCCCAGGGACUGUCCUAAUGCCACAGACCAACAGCAAUCAGGGGAAGCCAGCGAGGGUCCUACCAGUUCUGUGGUUGAUCACUAUGGGCAUAGAUCAGCCUCAAGCGUUACUCUACUGCCUCUGCUUUGCCUUUCACUUCCUUGCACUAAACCUAUUGUGGCACUACUCACAGAGCAAAGCAGUCACUACCAAAGACAUGCUCAUAGCUACGUGCAUCAGUCUUGCAACAUUCCUCUACUAAAAACACUACUGAACUCCCCAACCCCCCCUGAAAUCAAAACAGAUGUCCUGUCUGCUAGGACUCUGCGCCUGAUCCAUCCAGGAAUGGAACUGCACGAGGUCAACACUUGCUCAGAGAGCUGUUGUCUCUGAAUUAUCCCACUGGCUGCAGUGUAUUUGUCCCCCACCAUCCCACAACCACCGGCAGCCUGAGCCACGCACGAGGAAAGUCGAUGUCCCAUGACGUGCAUGCAGCAACAGGCACCAGCCCAGAGUUGGAGGCUCCAGAACAGCACAGUCUUUGUUGAAAGAAGUCGCAUCUGGGCUGGCAGUGCCUGUUCUGUGUCCCAGACAAACUGGGGUCAGAGCAAGCGUGGUUUGGGGACCCAGGGGAAAGGGGCUUAGCACAAAGUGGCUACCCAGCAUCCAGGUGCACAAGCUGCGGUUCUGGCUGGUGUAAAUCCUCACACCUCCCUGAACUCCAAUGAUGAAAAAACAACUACUAUUAGCUGGCAGCUUAGCCCCCCAAUCUCCAGGGACUCCUCUGCCCCGCUGUAGUGCACACGUUACAUCCAUACCCAGCCACCCCCUCUAAGAGCGGCUCCAUCCCAGGCUCUGCCAGGGAUGUUCUGGUGUCAUUCGGCUGACACAAACACGCACCUAGAGGAAGAAGGUGUUAUAUAGGUAUUUUCCAACAUGACACCGCUCAGAAGCCACAGAGCAGAUUGACAGCCAAUUUUCUGACAGACAGCACUCAGCCACCAGCAGCCUUUCUCAGACCAGAGCAAAACUCCUCUGAUACCACAAUGAUUCAAAUAGGACUGUGAGGGUUGGUGGCAGCAGGAGCUCAGCUCCCAGAGCAGGGGAGUAAGAACAGGCUGCAGCCCCCACUGCUGCUGCUCACCGUAACUGAUACCUGCCUUGGCUGCCAAGCGGGUAGAAACCUCCAAUCCAGCAGUUAACAUUUGAUUUUCCACCCUUCUCUCUCCCAGAAGAGGGAGGAAACAAAUUUUGCCAAGGCAAUGGCCUAGAAGAAGGGAAUGGGCUCAAAGGACAACACUCUUUCCAAAGUCUGAGAAAUACUCCGAAGGCUGAAACAGGAUGUUACAGCAUCCCAAUUACAGCAUCCCGGGCUAUCCCUGCUUUCAGAGACCCCCCCAGUGAAAUGAGGGACACUUUGAAGGACAGGAAAUGAAUGUCCCUUUGAAGGACAGGAAACAUGAGUACUCAUUUCUCCUAUGUCCAGAGAAAAUGAGCCCCAUUAAAAUACUUAAAUAACUAGAAAUAAAUUAUUCCCCCUUUUCCUAAUCAAAAUAAAAAGCAAUGAUGUAAAAUCAAAUAAAUUAACCCACCCCCC